UAAAUUAAUAAUUUUUCUAGUCAUAACCAUAAGAUUCAUAACUCAUAAUCAGUUGUUGAAGUUGUAAUAGGCAAUUUGAGUUGGUAUUUAAUGAUUAAUGAUGUAUUAAUAUCAGGUUUUUUUUCACGAACAUUAAUUUGAUAUAUUAUAAGUUUGUUAUUUUAAAAUUAAUUCUUUAUUGAGUAUCUAAGUACCUCACAAAAUACUCGUGAACAUUAUUUUUUUAAUAAAAAAAUGGAAUUCAGUUCUAAUUUAAUUAAAGUUCAUUUAGCCAACUACUUGGCCAACUUGCCUUUGCCUAAUUCAAUUGUUGGUAUUUUCAAAUUGGGUGGUAAGUAUAUUUAAUAUUUAUUUUUAUGUGAUAUUAUAUUACUAUUCAAAGUUGGGAUAUUAAGCAAAUAAAUUUCACUAAUAAUUAAUUAUAACCAUGGUUUUCUACACCAAAAUAACCUACAACUAUGAUUUUAAUGUUACACACAUUUUUACUAAAAAUAAAAAACUAUAUUAUAUUAAAAGUCCUAACAAAAUGAUACAUUUUUCUAAUUAAAAAUUGUCUCAAUUUUUUAAAAUUUACUUACAUAAUUAUUGUAUUACAAUUAAUUUUGUUUUUGUAGUAGAUUAUAUUAAAAAAAUAACGAAAAAUACCUAUUUUUUACUUUUUCAUUUCCAAUCUAAUCAUUUCAAUAUUCAAUAGAUAAAAUAUCACAAUUGUUAUUUAUUGUUUAUUGUUCAUAAACUUUUUUCUGUUAGACCAUUAUACCUAUAAAAACAUUAUCCCCAAAAUCUGAAAAAACUAAAAAUCGUAAAAUUUCAAUAACAAAAAAUAAGUACAAAUUAUAUUUGUAGAAAACCAAUAAGUAAAUAAUGUAGACAUUAAACAUAUCUAUAUAACUAAUAAAAUUUGUUUUACUUUUAAAUUAACCCUAGAUAAAGAAUCUCAAUACUAACAUAUGUGGUAUGUACAGUAGAUAUCCUUUAUAAUGACACCAGUUGUAGUGACAUAUCAGUAGUAUUGGGAAAGUUCCAUUUAUAAAGGAAUUUUUUCCUGUUACUCGUUCCUUUAAGCAUCUUUUUUUUUUCAUGAAUAUGCAUAUUACAUAUUCAUAAAUAAAAUACCGGGGAUGGGUGCAGCUACUGUAGUAGGUGGGAAGUUGGGAAGGUAGGAUAACUAAAGUUGGAAACUAUUCUUACUUCUUAGAAUCUACAUGUUUAAAAUCCUUAUAAAUUAAAUAAAGCCAAUUUCCAAGUUCCUACCCAAAAAAAUGAAAAAAAACAAUACUGGAAAAAAAAUUGAUCAUCAAUUUACUCAAAAUAUAAUAUUUUAUUAAUUAUAAAAAAAAAAAAUAAAUGUAUUUAUUUUAUUUUGUUUAAGGGCUAAUUUUUCUAACAAAGCAUCACUUGUGUCUUUUUACAGUCAUGUUAUGAAGUCAUGAAGUAUGAUACCAAUACUAAAAAAUUUCCAAAUAAUAUUAUCACUAAUAAUGAGAGUUUCAUUUUUUUUUUUUCUAAUAGAAGGAAUUGAAAUUUGCAUUCACGUUUCAUAUAAAUAGGAACUCUAUCCCGUUACUCGUUCCUAUAUUUGAAAAGGAACGUGUUCCAAGCUUCAUUCCUUCUCAAUACUUCAUAUCAGAUGCAAUGACCUUAGAUUGAAGGUCCCGGAAAAACUCCUAUAUUGUAUGUACUAAAUUGUAUUGAUUAUUAUGAUGUCUGUAUAUUAACUAUAUGAAUGUUAUGACGGUUAUUUUUGAUUAAAUUGGAAAAGUCAAACAAAUUUUAAAGAAAUUGAAAAAAAAAAAUACUAUAUGAUUAUUAUACAAACCAAGAUAACAGGUUUUUUUUAAACAAUAUACAUUUUAUUUUAAAAUAAUAAAACAACUUUUUAUUUUAUUUUUUUUUGUGUGUAUUGAAGUCAUAAUUUAGGAAUAUAAAUCCAUAUACAUAUUUGUAAGAAUAUAACCAUGAUUUUAAAUUUUAUUUUAUUUUUUUGGUUAUUAUGACUAAUUUUAACUAGUCCCUUGAAUGUCAUUAUAAAUGGUUUCUACUGUAUAUCUCACUCUGAAAAUUGUUUAUUUAUUAUUUAAUAUUUACUUAUAAAUAAUAAAUAGCUAAUUUUUUAAAUGUCCAAUGAUACUAAAUACCCGGAAGAAUUUUUUUCUAUUGGACAAAAAAAUACCACAUUUAUCAUUCAUUAAAUUAUGCAAAAUUGAUAUAUAUAAUUCGGCCUUCGCAAACUACAGACUUUUCAUCCGUCGAUAGUUCAAUCAGAUUAGGCUGCUAGUGCGUACACUGGACCAACUAAAUAGUCUAGUUAGCCAAUAGUCAGUCGGUUACUUUUAAAUAAUUCAAUAGUUGAUAAACUACUGUUGUAAAGAAUGGUCGCGUAAAAUUAAAAUGUUCAAAAAUGUUAUUAUUGUUUUUAUAUAACAAAGAAAGAUUAAGAAGAGAAACCGACAGUAUUUAAUGUAUUCCAUCUACAGUAAUAAAUUAUUGCAAGGAAAGUUAUAUAAGAAGCAUUACAAAUUACUAAAUUUCCCAAAAAAAUUCUUCAACUGUUAUUGAGUAUAACCAGCUUCAACAAACUCAUCAAAUUAAUUGGACCAGCAAUAGCAAAGGAGGAUACACAUUUAUGAAUUAAGCUUAGAGAGAAUUGAAAGUAUUGGCAAACUAAAUAAUCUUCAAGUGUGCACGCAUGUAAGAGCACCAUGUUUAUUAAAGAAUUAGUUUAAAUAGCUUACCGAUGCUUUAAUUUGAAAGCAAUUGUGUAGCCCAUCAAACUUAUUUAUCGGCUGAUACCAAAUCGUUAAAAUGCACGUACAUGCAUAUAUUAUCAUACUAAUUAAGAACCCGACUAAACUAUUAGCCGACAAAAAAUCUGUAGUUUGCGAGAGCCCUAAAAGAGAAUAGUAAGUAUAUAAUUUAGCACCUUUAUAGAUAUAUAAAAACGAGUAUAAUUUUUAACUUUUGUUAAAAUAAUGAAUUUUUGCAGAAAACAAUUUAAGGUACACAAUUAUUAGGAUUGAUGAUUUUUUUAUUAAUUAUUAUAUACAAUAGAAAAUUAGACAUUUUUAAUUAUUAACUGAGUUAUAUUUUAUGUUUUUAAUAAUGUAGGUAUCUAAUAAAAAUACUAAUUUUAUGAAAUGUAAAAUUUGAAUAUUUCUACCAAGUAAUUCAAGGAAAUUACAAAUUAUUCAUGCAAUAACCUUACUCUUUAAAUUAUGAAACUAAAUAAAUGUCUUAAUUAUUUAUGUAUUUUAUAGUUAAGGACAUAGUGAAAUUAAUUCCAUUUUAUGCUACAAUUGGUGGUGUAUGUUAUCUGUCAUAUAGAGUUAUCAAACCAAAAAACGUAAGAACUAAUAAUAAUUUAACUAGUUAAUUAAUUUGAAUUGACUAAUUUGCAUUGCAUUAUUAUUCUUAAUAUUUUUAUAGCCAGUCAAUCCAGCAUUUAAAAAAGAAUCCCCAAAAGUUGUUGAUGGUUUUGACAUUGAAGAAUUAGCUGAAAGUACAGCAUUCUGUCGUUGUUGGAGAAGCUCAAAAUUUCCUUAUUGCGAUGGAGCUCAUACUAAGUACAACAAAGAACACCAGGACAAUGUUGGGCCAUUGAUAAUUAAAAAAAAAUGAUUCUUAAUAAAUGUAUACAUGGUUGUUUUAGUCAUAAUUGUUUUCAUUCAGUUAAAUAGAAUACAUAUUUGUGUAAUAUUUAUAUUGUAUAUUUCUUUAUUUGUGGAUUUGCAAUUUAUACAUGUUGGACGUGUAUCAGAUCACUCAUUGCAGAUUCAUCACAAUCUUCAAGCAGCAGUUGUCGUUUUGAUAUUUUCAAACUGAAAAAUUAAUUAAAAU